UCCUCCCUUGUAAAUGCUGCUUAGGCAGAUUUCUGAUUUACUUAAAGACAGAAAGUGUUCCUUGUUACAUAGGGAUAUGCAAAACAUGUUGGUGGAAGGACUCAUGGCCUCAGCAGCCGCCGACCCUGACGACCCCCGGCAUCUUGCCAAGGGGCGGAGCACGGCAGCUCCGCCUUCCGCGGCCGGCACCUCCUCAUCGUCUUGACUGUUCAUCAGUUGGUCAUCACUCUGUACAGCGGGUGGACACUUCAGUCUGAGUUGUUGGCAGCUAAUUAGUGGAAUAUGAGGUGCCAGUGAUGUACCAAUCCAGUACUCGGGACUCGGUAGCUUAGUCUUCGGUGCGGUCAAACUCAAGUUUCCGGAACCCGAUGCGCCCUAAGCACCCGUGUAUCCACAGUUUGUGACUCGAUACGCUGCACUGCGCAGGUGCAAUACGGAAUUUUACUUUGACAUAAACAGUUUACUCCGCCAGCGGAGGGAAAUCAAGACGGCGGUGUGUCACCCGAGGGAGAAGAGGAGCUGACAGCCGCGACCGUCCCCGGGCGAGGCUGGGCGGAGCGGAGCAGCGGCGACAGUCCGGCAGGUCUGCCCUGCAGGACCCCGCGGGCGGCACCAGGCAGGCACAGGCGGCCCUUCCUAGUGGACCAGCCUAGCACACAUCGGGAGCUUGUGGGUGCCUCGCCACAUUUUUCCCGCGUCAGUAAUGCUGGCAGGAGGUCUCGAGGAAGCCAUGUCAGGGUGUAAACCCCGCGCCACCGACUUCUCUAUCGCGGCCAUCAUGUCUCGAGGGUCGGCGGCGGCGGCAGCGGCGGCAGCUGCAGCGUCGGGAUUGCGCCGCGCCGCCUCCCCGGGACUGCCGCCUCUAGAGAAGCUCCCGGAGACGAGCAUUAAGUCCGAGGACGAGCUGGACGACGCCGCGGACAUUGAGACGGAGGACAUAGACAUCGACGUGGUGUCAGACAAGGAGGACUGCGACGUGGACAGCACAAAGGAUCCACUCGACCGGCCAUGCUCCAAGACCCCGGAAUCCACCUCCUCAGACUCGCCCUCCACCCACAAGGAGAGCAAAGCGAGCAAGUUGGUGAUGAAGUCGAAGGGCAACUGUCCAGAAUUGGAGAGCGUAGACUGCCACCUGGAAACGAAGGAGCUGUGGGAGAAGUUCUUCGAGCUGGGCACCGAAAUGAUCAUUACCAAGACGGGCCGACGCAUGUUCCCCACCGUCCGCGCCUCCUUCGUCGGCCUCAAGUCUGAACAGAGGUACUCGGUUCUCCUCGACAUCGUGCCCGUUGACAAUAAGCGGUACAGGUACGCCUAUCACCGGUCGUCGUGGCUGGUGGCGGGCAAGGCUGACCCGCCGCCGCCUUACCGCUUGUACGCCCAUCCCGACUCGCCCUACACCGGGGACCAACUCAAGAAGCAGAUCGUGUCCUUCGAGAAAGUCAAGCUCACCAACAACGAGAUGGACAAACACGGCCACAUCGUGCUAAACUCCAUGCACCGCUACCAGCCGAGGAUCCACCUGGUGCGUCUCAAGGAGGGCUUCUCGGGGCCCAUCAGUGACCUGGAGCAAGAGGACUACCGCACCUACAUGUUCCCUCAGACAGUGUUCACCGCAGUCACCGCCUACCAGAACCAACUCAUCACCAAACUUAAGAUCGAUAGCAACCCGUUCGCUAAGGGCUUCAGGGAUUCUUCGCGUCUCACUGACUUCGAGAGAGACACGAUGGAGUCGAUGUUGGUGGACCCCCGCUACCUGGGCGCGCCGCUGCGGGGCUACAUGGAGCUGGACGCAGAGAACAAUAAUCUCCUGGAAAAGGCGCGGGCGCAGCUCAUGUGGGACCGCCUUGCCGCCAUUACCGCGCCGCCAGGAGCUUCUGGCACCACGCCGCAGGUUGCAGCUGCAGCAGCAGCCGCAGCAGCUGGCCUCUUGCCGCACUCUAUGCCGCAGCUGUACACCCUCAACCCGUCUCGCGGAAACCCUUCGCCCUCCCCGCUGCCGCUGCCCGCCCACCUGUGGACUCAGUGGACGGCGCUGCACGGCCUCGGGGCUCCGGGCCCCACGCUGUCCCACCUCACGGCGCCCCACACCUCCACUGCCACCCACCUCUCCCACUCGGCACUCUCCGCUGCGCCUUCCUCUUCCUCGCCCUCAGUGUCGCAGGCGGCGGCGGCGGCAGCCCUCACGCGACCGCUCUUCCCAGCGCCGCUCAACCUCCACCGGUACUCACCCUACUUCCUGCCCAAGACCUCGCCCUCAGACCCACGGGAACACGCCCUCCCAGACCACCAGUCCUAGAGGAGGUGGCAAUGGCGGCGGCGGGCCAGGCGGCUGCUUGAGGGCCGCGGUGACACGCCAGACCGCAGAACCAACACAUUACUUCCCCAUCCAGUGCCCGCGGGUGCCUCAGCUCCUGAACACUUUUCAUUUAACCGUAUGUGAUAACCAGACCGAUCUGAAUGUUCCAGCGCGAGUGUGGACAGCAAGGAGUGAGUUAGUGUAGCACGCCUCCCCCGUGACGUGCCUGGCGGGCCUCCGGGAGCUGGUGGCGAGAGACAACACGGUACAACAACACAGACGUACAAAGUUUUUUCUUUACCCACUGAACCACGUCUGCGGCCGCCAGAUGUGUGCCAGUGAACCUUAAAGAGUUCCUUCCUGUCCCUCACGACCACAAGGCACGUACAGAAAGAGAGAGAGAGAAAAAAAAAAACAUUGCUUUCCCGCUUUCUUCCGCCUCCCUUCACACCUGGCGCUCGAGGAGGCCCAGGUGAGCUGCAGGGCUGACAUGGAAGGACGGCGGGAGGGAAGGAGCGGGUGUCGUACUUGUGAUGGAGUGAGUGAGCGACAAAGAAAACGAUGGAACAGUUUCCUUGUGAUCGUGGACAUGAACGUAACGCUGACGUGACGUAAGCAUCAUGCGAGGCGGAGGGUCGCUCUUCCAUCCUGGAGGACGCCGAGACCCUUGUGUGUGUGUGUGUGUGUGUGUGUGUGUGUGUGUGUGUGUGUGUGUGUGUGUGUGUGUGUGUGUGUGUGUGUGUGUGUGUGUGUGUGUGGGCGCGCCAGGCUGUCAGAGGGAAGAGGCUAUUUUCUCCCGCCUCUGGACUCCUCUCUCCCCACAACUCUCCCGGCGCCCCUCUCCCUACCGAAGGACCGCUUUAUGGAGGACGUAAGGCGCCUCAAGAGUGACACCAAGAUAUCACCACAUGUCUCCUCCUCCUCCUCCUGCUCCUCCUCCGUGACACUGGAAACAAACACCAUAAAGUCCUGUCGUGAUUCCAGGACAAUGAACUCAGGGCCAAAGACUGAACUCCUUAGCCUUUGUUGAGAGAGAGAGAGAGAGAGAGAGAGAGAGAGAGAGAGAGAGAGAGAGAGAGAGAGAGAGAGAGAGAGAGAGAGAGAGAGAGAGAGAGAGAGAGAGAGAGAGAGAGAGAGAGAGAGAGAGAGAGAGAAUAUAUAGAUUACAGUUAGCACAUUAUCUCACUUAUUUGUUGUUCUACCUAGCAUUCUCUCUAUUCUUUGUUAAUAAAACCUGCUGCCACCUUCAUGACUUAUCUUCACUCUGAUUUAAGUCACUUCUCACUUUGCUGAUAAAGGAGAAAUGGGAGGAGAUGGAGGAUGAGAAAGGGGAGAAGAAGGAGGUAGUUUUGUGACUAAUGUAGACUAAUGAAAGAAUAAAAGAGACUGAGAAAAGAGAAAGAGAUUAAUAAGUUAUUAUUUAUCUGUUUAUCAAGCUUAGAAUAAUAAAUAAACAAAUAAACAGAACUAAAUUUAAAGGAAAACAAAUAUUACACAGUUAUUUUUCUCCUUCGUUCCUUUCUUCCUCAUAACAUUUUCUUCCAUCCUUCCUUUCCUUUCUUGAGUUAUUGUUGUUGUUGUUGGUGGUGAUGGAGAUGGUGAUGACAGAGUGGCUCGAGGUAUUGAGACCCCAGCACUGAUGAUCUCCCGAGUGCCUUGUCCUUCAGUAGUACCAGUGCCAAAGGUGAUGAGAGUUGUGGUGGUGACAAGGAGGGGGAGGGGUGUGGUGAUGAUGGUGGUGGUGAAAAUGGUGAUGAGUUAGUGAUGAAGAUAUGUUAGCGAAGAUGAGGAUGAUGUAUAUAUAUUCUCUCUCUCUCUCUCUCUCUCUCUCUCUCUCUCUCUCUCUCUCUCUCUCUCUCUCUCUCUCUCUCCUUCGUCAUUCAUUCAUUCAUUCAUUCACUAAUUCAUUCUUGUGUUUUUGUUUGCUUGUUAUUUUUAUUUUAUUUUUCCUCAUUUGUCAUUUUUUUGUUUCGUUUUUUUGUUUUUGUGAGAGAGUUUCCCUGUUAUGUAUGUAUGUAUGUAUGUAUGUAUGUAUGUAUGUAAGGUUAUGUACAUAUAUAGAAUCAAUGUCAUGAAGGAGGAGAAUAAAUAAAAAGGAGAGAAAAUAACGGAGGAAGAGAGAGAGAGAGAGAGAGAGAGAGAGAGAGAGAGAGAGAGAGAGAGAGAGAGAGAGAGAGAGAGAGAGAGACCGAUGAAUGGAUGAGUGAUAAUGUUGUAAUAAUAAUAAUAAUAAUAAUAAUAACAAUAAUAACAAUGGUGAAAAAUAAAAAAACAAAUGUAACUUGUAUAUAUGAUUGUAAAUAUAACGGUACGUGAAUACUUUUUUUUUCUGUUCAAUUCUCUGUUCAUAAUCCCCGUUACGUCUGUACUAGUUAUAAAAAAAAAUUAGCCGCGAUGGUGAUGUCUUUCUUCAUAUUUAUUAUACAACUCUUCUACUCCUCUUGGUCUGCAGAAUGUUAUAUAUAUACGAAACAUUAUUUUUUAUCCUACCAUGUGUGUGUGUGUGUGUAUGUAUGUAUGUUUCAUUUCUCCAACUUACGAUGUUUGUUCUCUUUAAUUUCUCAUAUUUUUUUUUGUCUCGUUUUUUUCCGGUAAAUUAUUUUGUCACUACAGAAGAGAAGGGAAGUGUUGACCAUGUUGAUAUCAGCUGUACAUAUUUACCACGUGACCAAUACAUGUGAUCAAAGUUU